UCAUCAAGAAGACCUUUUAAUCAUUCUACUUGUUCAAUUACUCCGCCAAAUCAUCUGAUACCCCCUGCUUUUGCCACUGCUGGCGGUCAUCUGUUUGCGUGUUUCAUCCACGUUACAUUCAUUCCACAACAACAGCCCCUGCAUCAGUCGCCACCAAGGAACCCCAAUCAGUCUUUCCAAUGUAUCCCCAGACGCCCAUAGGAUACUCGGAGUCAAUGGUGUUCGGCCAUGGUGGCCCCAACCCUGGGGACGGAAUUGACGAGUACUAUGCCAGCAUGCAGCCUCAGUGGGCCGGGAUCGAUACUUCACCUUACACUGAUGUCAGCCACCCUUAUACCACGGCGGCCGCCUUUCCGGCCGGUGCCAUCCUGACCCCAAUCAGCCUUCCCGAUAGCUCUUUCAGGCCAAGUCCGGUACUCAGCCAUCAUUCGCAAGAAUUCCACUACAGCGUUCCUGAGACGGUCCCGUCGCACGGACUGGGCAUUACUGCCCCCUUUCCCAGCACAUUUCCCCGUACUGUUACGGCAGGCCUGGGCCAUGUCUCCGAGGAACCCGAAUUUAAUUUCAGUGAAGCCACCCUGUCACCCCAACCACCCCCGGCGAAGAGGGUCCGACGCGGCCCCAAACAGGCGAUCACACCCCGGGAAGCUCCGGUUACAAUUCUCCCUAAUCCUGAAGGGCUGCAGCGCAUGGAGCAAGAGCGACGACAAGGGGCCGCUGACGCACAACACAGCCAGAGGCCUCGGGCUCCGGGCCGGGGACGGAGGGAUCCUCAAGCGGAGGAGGAAGAUGCAUUUGUGGAGCGGCUCCGGGAACAGAAUCUGGCGUGGAAAGUCAUCCGGGAGAUGUUCCGGGAGAAAUUCCACAAGGAUGCGUCGGAGGCGCGGCUACAGAUGCGCAUGCUACGGCGACGAAAGGAGCGGCUGGCGCGUUGGGAUGAAAACGAUGUGAUCAUCCAGAUCCGACUGCUCAUGAGAGCGCGGGAGUACUGGGAGGAUGAGAAGUACAACGUGAUUGCACAGAAGAUGAAGGAGUUCGGAGCGGGGCCGUACACCCCCCAGCAAUGCGAAGCUCAACUACGAUACCUCGAGGCCCAGAAGCGGGACCGUAGCGUGGGUCCACGGGCUCAAAUGUCCGAGGCCCAGCAGGCGCGAAAACGGUCGUGGUCCAAGGCGGCUUCCAGCAUGGCCGGUGGUAGUACGAGGUAGCAUUUUGGGGACUUUGGGAGGGUCCGUUGAAGCGCAUUAUUUGAU